AUGGGUCGUGUUAUCCGUGGUCAGCGUAAGGGUGCUGGCUCCAUCUUCAAGUCGCACACGCACCUCCGUAAGGGCGCCGCCGGCUUCCGCGCCCUCGACUUCGUCGAGCGCACGGGCUACAUCAAGGGUGUCGUCAAGGAGAUCGUGCACGACUCGGGCCGUGGCGCCCCGCUCGCCAAGGUCACGUUCCGUGACCCGUACCGCUUCCAGCUCAAGCACGAGCUCAUGAUCGCGGCCGAGGGCAUGUACACGGGCAUGUUCGUGUACCAGGGCCCCAAGGCCUCGCUCACGGUCGGCAACACGCUGCCCCUGUCGAGCCUGCCCGAGGGUACCAUCGUGUGCAACGUCGAGGCCAAGGUCGGCGACCGCGGUUCGUUCGCCCGCGCUUCGGGUGACUACGCUGUCAUCGUGACCCACGACGAGGACAAGGGCAAGACCAAGCUGCGUCUGCCUUCGGGCUCCAAGAAGACCGUCCCUUCGGCGUGCCGUGCCAUGAUUGGUGUGGUCGCUGGCGGUGGCCGUACCGACAAGCCCAUCCUCAAGGCCGGCCGUGCCUUCCACAAGUACCGCGUCAAGCGUAACGAGUGGCCCAAGGUGCGUGGUGUUGCCAUGAACCCCGUGGAGCACCCCCACGGUGGUGGUAACCACCAGCACAUUGGUCACCCGUCGACCGUGCGUCGCGAUGCCCCUGCCGGUAAGAAGGUCGGUCUCAUUGCCGCCCGCCGCACGGGCCGUCUUCGCGGUAUCAAGAAGGUGGAGAAGGACAACUAA